CUUACCUUUGUCCAGAUAGGGUAACUGGCGAAGCUCGUUGCUAUCAACGCAAACGCGAACACAACCCAAGAAAUGGAAGAGGAUGUAAUAGUUUUUAUUGCCAGUUAGCUGGUCAUACGGGCAUUGAUUGUCCGUUGCGUAUAGAAGAAGAAGCUCAGAGAUUGAUUGCUCGUGAAAGGGAAUAUGAUGCUUUAUUAAAAAAUAUUCAAAAUUCAACUAUCCCUGCUUCUUAUGAUGACAAAAUAGCUAAAUUUAAUUAUACUGGUUUGCGUGGUGGACGUAGUCAAGAUGCUUUGCAUAAAGUUAACGAAGAAACUCAGAAAUUGAUUCCUCGUGAAAGGGAAUAUGAUGCUUUAUUAAAAAAGAUUCAAAUUUCAACUAUCCCUGCUUCUUUUGAUGACCAAAUAGCUAAAUUUAAUUAUACUGGUUUGCGUGGUGGACGUAGUCAAAAUUCUUUGCAUCAAGCUCAGAGUAGUCGUAAAGUUCAAUUGGUUAACAAAGAAGCUCAGAGAUUGAUUGCUCGUGAAAGGGAAUAUGAUACUUUAUUAAAAAUUAUUCAAAUUUCAACUACCCCUGCUUCUUUUGAUGACCAAAUAGCUAAAUUUAAUUAUACUGAUUUGCGUGGUGGACGUAGUCAAGAUGCUUUGCAUAAAGUUAACAAAGAAACUCAGAAAUUGAUUCCUCGCGAAAUGGAAUAUGAUGCUUUAUUAAAAAAUAUUCAAAAUUCAACUACCCCUGCUUCUUUUGAUGACCAAAUAGCUAAAUUUAAUUAUACUGAUUUGCGUGGUGGACGUAGUCAAGAUGCUUUGCAUAAAGUUAACGAAGAAGCUCAGAAAUUGAUUGCUUGUGAAAUGGAAUAUGAUGCUUUAUUAAAAAACAUUCAAAAUUCAACUACCCCUGCUUCUUAUGAUGACCAAAUAGCUAAAUUUAAUUAUAUUGAUUUGCGUGGUGGACGUUUUCAAUAUGAUUUGCAUCAAGCUCAGAGUAGUCGUAAAGUUCAAUUGGUUAACGAAGAAGCUCAGAGAUUGAUGAACUCGGCUAAAGUUAAACUAAAAAGCAAAAGUAUUUUUUCUGUUAAGAGAAAAGCAAGGAAUAAAGAUCGAGAAUUGUCUUUUGUAACUUUUUUAGAUAUUCAAGAAAAGUUAGCAGAAGAAAAUAAUCAGCAAGUCAAAGAUUCUCUUAAUAAACAACUACAGAAUAUUAAGCAGGCUCUCUGCAAAAAACUAACUAUAACAGAUAAUGCCUGGUCACAGUUUUCCAAGAAGUUCAAGUUGAAAGGAAAAGAUAGAAGCGGAAAGGAUAGGGGUGAUCUAGAGGUUUAUAAAUCUGUUUUCAUACCUAUUCCAGACUUGCAAGGAUAUCGGUCAAGUGGACCAAUUCUUACACCAGAUCAUGAGCCACCUAUGACUUUUGAAGAUUUUAUUGCAAUUGUUGAUUCGGUAAAAGCUGCAAUAAUAUCUAAUGUUCAACCGACCAGAAUCAGGCAAGGUUCUUCUGGUUCGUAUUUUUGUCGUAAUAAAGAUGGUAACGUGGUAGGUGUUUUUAAACCUAAAAACGAAGAACCGUAUGGUCAGUUGAAUCCUAAAUGGACAAAAUGGAUCCAUAGAAAUCUAUUCCCUUGUUUCUUUGGUAGAAGCUGUUUGAUUCCUAACCUUGGUUAUAUUUCAGAAGCUGCUGCCUCACUACUUGAUCGUCAACUACAAUUAAACAUUGUUCCAAGAACAGAAGUGGUAUGGAUUUCAUCUCCUUCGUUCCACUACGACUACUUGGAUCGUCGUGCUGCCCGUUCUAAAAACCAUUAUAAACCAUUACCCGAAAAAAUUGGUAGUUUUCAAAUAUUUUUAAGUGGUUAUAAAGAUGCCAAUAUAUUUUUAAAGGAACAUCCAUGGCCUGAAUUUGAUGAUUCGAUUGGAAAUAGCGGAUAUUCUUCACAAGAUAACGGUGCUGAUGAUGAGUACUCGAAUGAAUCUUAUCAUUCUAAAAAAAGAUUUUUUUGGACUAAAUCACUUCAAAUUCAAUUCAGAGAACAAUUUGAAAAAUUAAUAAUUUUGGACUAUUUAAUGAGAAAUACUGAUCGAGGAUUAGAUAAUUGGAUGGUCAAGUAUUGUGAUAAAGAUGAAAAUGAUUGUAUUAUUACAUCACCUCCAACAAAAUCAAUGGGUAUGAAUGUUCCAAAGAAUUUAUCAAAAGAUAAUUUAUUACUAAAUAAAAACAAAUCUGGUUCAAAAACAUCUUUAUCUGAAAAUGUUCAAACACCAUCAUCUUCUUCAGAGCUGCAAGCGCCACAUAAUUUAAAUAAUAGCAUUAAAUCAGAUCCACUUCAACCAUCAUCAUCAGGUCUAUCAAAAAUGAUAAAUGAGUCAAAACUAUCAUUACAAAAAAGUCAAAUUAAAACAACAACAACUACAGCAAGCAUUAAUACCACAUGUCACUCUUCUGAUCAUUCAUCAAAAAUUGUUUACCCACAUAUCCAUGUAGCUGCCAUUGACAAUGGAUUGGCAUUCCCAUUUAAACAUCCUGAUCAAUGGCGUUCCUACCCGUAUGGUUGGUCAUUUCUUUCAGAGUCUCUUGUAGGGGCUCCCUUCACUGAAAACACUCGUAAACAUUUUCUUUCACUACUGACUGAUAGCAAAUGGUGGAAGGAUACAAUAAGUGAAUUACAUCAAUUUUUUUCUUUGGAUGCUGAUUUUGAUGAUGGGAUGUUUUCUAAACAGGUAGCAGUACUAAAAGGUCAAGGUUACAAUAUUGUGGAAAUACUCAAACAACCUGAUAAAAGUCCUUUGGAUCUUUGCGCAUCUCAGAAUCUAAUGGUAUGGGAUAUUAUCGAGUCUAUUGAAGUUCCAGAAGAACCUGAUAAUAUGGAAGGUGACAAUGACAACCACCAGUCAGAUAAUAUCAAGAUUGACAAUGGUGGUAGAAAUUCAUUACAAAAUGUUGAUUAUGGUGAGGCAUCUGGUAUGGGUGGAUCAGUUGGAACCAAGUAUCCAAAUCUACCUCCAAGAAGGAGUGUUUCUGAAUAUAGUUCUCCACGACCUUCAUUGUCUGUUAGUGCACCAGCUGCUUCAGUACUUUCUGGUGAUUCUGCAAGAAAAAAUACAUGGGUUGACAGAUUUAAUCGUGUAAAAAAUAAAUUUGCUUUUGAUACAAUUGGAAAAAAUAGAGAUACUGAAGAAAAAAGAACAAAACUUGUUGUCAUUGAAAAGAUAGAGCCGCGUCAACUAGUAGUGCUAACAUCAACAAAUUCAAGAAAUAUCAUCAUUAAACAUAACGCAAAAAAAUUUGACACAUUAUCAACGACAAAAAUAACAAAAACAACAGCUAAUCCAUUUGGAUUUUAUUUAUCAUCUUCUUUUUUGAGGUCUUAUUCUGAUGCAGCAGCACUGACCCGAGAAAAUAUUGAGGCUAGGAUUCUUGAUAUUUUGAAAGCAUUUGAUAAAGUUGAUCCUUCAAAGGUAACCACUCAGGCACAUUUUGCUGACGAUCUUGGACUUGAUAGUUUGGAUACUGUUGAAGUGGUGAUGAAUAUCGAAGAAGAUUUUUCAAUUGAAAUUCCUGAUAAAGAAGCUGAUGAAAUUAGAUCAGUUAAAGAUGCUGUUGAUUAUAUUUUUAAAAGGGAUGAUGCACAUUAA